AUGAGAUUCUCAACCCUCGCAGCUGGCCUCCCCCUCGUGGCGGCGGUUCCUCAGGGCCAUUCCUUCAAGCAUACGAACAGGACUUGUAAGAGUCUCGUCCUUGAUCAAGCGCCCGAGACCUUACAGCCUUACGUCCUCCGCAAGGGCUCCGGCCGUGCCGUCUCCGUCGGUGCGCAAGUGUACCGCUUUUCCGUCACAGGCAACUCCUCGGCUGGCGCUUUCACCGUAAUGCAGACCAACGCCCCAGACUCGUCCGACCUGGGCGUGCUCCCCCAUAUUCAUAAGGUCCAUUACGAGAACUUCUAUUGCACAAAGGGCCAGCUCCAGCUCUGGGCCAAAACCAACAGCUCCGGCGAGCAGGCCCGCCUCCUUACCCCCGGAGACUACGGCGCCGUGCCCCAUAACACGAUCCAUACUUUCCAAAUCACCGACCCGGAUACCCAGCUUACGGGUGUUAUCCAGCCCGGCGGCUUCGAGGAACUCUUCGUUGCUAUCGCUAACUCUGACUUCGUCUCCCCUAUGGGCUCUGAGUUCGUCCCCACCGCCUCCUCCGGCUCCUCCUCCGGCUCCGACCCGGCCCAGAUCUCCGCUCUCGAAGCCUUUGACGUCUACGCCCAUCUCGACUUUAACCCCCGCUACGACCUUGUUAACGGCAGCGCCGGCGGCCCAGACACUUGGCACACCGCCCCUAACACCCUUGCGCCCGACACCGUUACCCCUAAUUUCAUUGCUAAAAACCGUGGGCCAAAGUACCUUAAUACUGACGGCGGCGUCUACCACCUUAUCGCCCCCUUAGCGACGGCCAAUCAGACGGCUAAUAACUUCACCAUGGGCACCGUCACUUUGAGUCCCCUAUUGUCCAACCAGACAGCGAUUAAAAUAAACCCUAACCAGCCCCUGGCCUUCCAGCUUGAGGAGGGCGCCCUCGAGGUCACCGUCGAAGGGUACGACGUCGUAACGUUGAUUCAAGGCGACCUCGUCUUUAUCCCCGCCGGUACGGCCUUUACCUACGCCGCGUCGGCCACCUUUACCAAAUUCUUAUAUAUCAGCGGCGGCGGUGACGGCUUCGACUACCAGCUCCUUCAGCGCGCUGUGCCUUGGGAGUUUGCCACCUACCCCGUCAACGCCGGCUUUACCGUGUAG